AUGAGCGCUGUGUCUGUGUUGGUCGUGCGCGCGGGAUGCGUGACCGCGAGAGGGCGCGAGAGGCGGAGAUGGACGACGGGCGGGCAGGUGGCUGAGCGCCCUGUGUCUGUCCGUCUUGAAUACACCUGGGGCCAUCCAACCCGGACAAAUACAUCGCUCGCCAUUCAUCUCCUCAGUCUCUUCUCUUGCUGUCUCCCCACCGCCGCGUCUAACGCUCACAUCGCCCGCAAUUUUGCCAUUCCACACCGCCCGCCACGGCAAACCAGCCCAGGCGGGUGCCACCCCGCCUGCCUCCGCUGCAAAGAACGACAUGCGAAGCACGCGAAGAUCCAAAAGACCAGGUACCGCGAGACCCCCGACAUCGUGGUGCGCGUACACUGCAAGCACCGCGCAGAGCUCUACUUCAACAUCUCGCGCAAGACGAAGCUCUCCCGGCUCUUUAACGCGUGGACGCAGCGCAUGGAGUCCGGCAUCGUGAAGGGCAGCAAGACCGUCUCCGGCACGCAACCCCAGCCACCAAAUGGCACGACAAGCUCCAUGAGCUCCAUGCUCGCCUGA